CUGCUGCGCUGGUUCGUCAGCGAGGGCGACCACGUAGAUGAAUUCCAGCAGCUCUGUGAGGUACAGAGCGACAAAGCGACCAUAGAAAUUACAAGCCGUUUCAAGGGAACAGUACAUGAGAUUCAGUUUGCCCCCGGUGACAUAGUAAAGGUUGGCGAAACUUUACUUAAGAUGAUUGUCAACGGCAGUCAAGUUGUACCUCAUGAUAGCCUAGCUUCAUCCCCUGACAUUCCACUUGGAGUGGAUACUUCUGCAAGUCCUUUAAGUGAAGGCAAUGCUCCUCGUGGGUCUCUCUCCACGCCAGCCGUCAGGCAUCUAGUGAAGCAGUAUGGGCUCAACAUCGAUGAUAUUAAGGGUACAGGAAGAGAUGGUAGAGUGUUGAAAGAGGAUGUUCUGAAUUACGCUGCUAGCAAGGGUCUUCUCCAGGAGCCGCCGUCAGCUUUGGAAGAGAAUGUUGGUCAAGUUGAGUUACCGGAGGGAGGAAAAUCACUACUUGAUUCACAUUUUUAUGAAGAUAAGAGAAUUCCUCUCAGGGGAUACCAGAGAGCAAUGGUGAAAUCAAUGAGCCUGGCUGCAAAAGUACCACAUUUUCAUUAUCUGGAGGAAAUAAACUGUGAUGCUCUUGUACAACUUAAGGCAUCAUUUCAGAAGGAGAAUAAAGAUCAUGAUGUGAAGCACACCUUCCUUCCAUUCCUCAUAAAAUCUCUUUCUGUGGCACUGAGUAAAUAUCCAUUGUUAAACAGCUCUUUCAUUGAAGAAACAAAUGAAGUUACUCUCAAAGGAUUCCAUAACAUCGGAGUAGCUAUGGCUACAGAACAGGGAUUAGUGGUGCCAAGCAUCAAGAAAGUCCAGUCACUUUCUAUAUUGGAGAUCACAAAGGAAUUGUCAAGAUUACAUGAGAUGGCACUGCAAAACAGACUAAGCACCAACGAUAUCACUGGUGGAACCAUAACACUGAGCAACAUAGGCGCCAUCGGUGGCAAGUUUGGCUCUCCUGUUCUCAACCUGCCUGAAGUUGCGAUCAUUGCGCUCGGCCGCAUUCAGAAGCUCCCUCGCUUUGAUGAUGAAGAAAACGUUUACCCGUCCUCGAUAAUCAAUGUGACCGUUGGAGCCGACCAUAGAGUCGUCGACGGUGCCACAGUUGCAAGGUUUUGCAACGAGUGGAAAAGCCUGGUCGAAAAGCCAGAGCUGCUCCUGCUGCACAUGCGAUGAUCCAGUAAGUUACCUGGAUGCAGAGGGCCGCUCGGUCGAAUUCGAAAGAUGCUGAAAUUCAGGCACUCUGCCAUCUGAAGUUCAGAUGCAAACGUAUGAAAAGCCAGGUUGGUAGAUAGGGCCAUAAGGAGUCAAUGAACUCAAGUAUAUGUAACUAAUAAUUGGUUGACGUGACAUGUUUUAUGCAAACUAUGUGAUCACCCUGUGAAUAUUUGUAUAUUACAUUGGAAAUAAAGCUAUAGAAGCAAAAUUCAUGUGGAA